CUUAAUGGGAAACUGAUAAGCAUCUUAACCAUGGGCAGGACACCCCUGAUAAAAAAUUAAAGGGAAACCCAGUUCCGUUUUUGUUUAAUCCGUCGCACUUUCGCGUAUUUUCUUUAAUUUCUUAGUGUUCCAUUGCUAGGGUGAGUAGGGUCUCUCUCGACUAAGUUCUUCAAUGGCCGGAACCAAGGAGGAAUCUCCUGAACCAGACUGGUUGCGUACUUUUCAGGCGCCAACUCUUAACCACUCUAUAAUGGCGCUAUCCUCUGACUCUGAUUCUUCAGUUGAUGCUGGAAAACCAGGUGUUGACGUCAAAGUUGAGCCUGAACAGGCACCCAGAACCAAAUCUCGUAUCUUGUCAUUAAAUCUUUCGUCAGACUCUGAGUCUUGUGGUGAUGAUACUCUAAUAAAGAAUUACAAACCUUCUAAGUUAGAAGAGCAAGGAGGGGAUGAAGAUGCAGCUCCCAUUGGUCUCAAAGGAAAGUCUCCUCGUAAGAAGGCUUCAAAAGAAAAUGGGCGAAAAGUAACUGAUGAAAUGCCAACAAAAGAGAAGGAUGUAAACAAUGACGUGAAAAGAAAGGAAAAUGAUGGUCAUGAAGAUUUGGAGGAAGAAGUGGCUGAGAAGCAUAACAAGCCUUCUGUCUAUACCUCAACAUUGCCUUUGAUUCUUCCGGAGAAAGUCCAUCGUACGAAGGCACUUGUUGAGUGUGAAGGGGAGUCCAUAGAUUUGAGUGGCGAUAUGGGGGCUGUAGGAAGAAUAAUAGUUCCGGAUGUUCGAAAUGGAAAUCAUGACAUGUUCUUGGACUUAAAAGGAACAAUAUACGGAACAACAAUAGUUCCUUCCAGGACCUUUUGUGUUGUUAGCUUUGGACAAUCAGAGGCAAAGAUUGAAGCUAUCAUGAAUGAUUUUAUUCAGCUGAAGCCUCAAGGCAACGUUUUUGGAUCUGAGACCAUGGUUGAAGGAACACUGGAUGAUUUCUCAUUUGACUCUGAUGAUGAGGCUGUCAAGAAGGCUAAAGCAACUUCUCAAAAAGUUGAUCAAAAUGAUGGUGUUGAAGAUGAAACUAAUGGUAACACCAAAGCAAAAGCUGACAAACCAUUUGGACGAAAGAGGGGUUCAACUGGAGGAGGAAAGGCACAACCACCAAAGAAACCAAGGAAGAAACCGGUUUCAAAGAAAGGCAAGGCCAAAAAGUGAGAGAUGGAUUCUUAUAUCCCAUAGAAAGCUAAGUCUAUAAUCUUGGGAUGUUUAUAAGUUAGCUGAAAGGAGUUAGAUUAGAAAUGACAGAGUGAAUAGUUACUUCGGCAUUGAUUUUGUUCUAGGAGAUCAAUGGUCAAAAGUGUAAUUCUGCAUAGAGUUCUUAUGUUGUUUAACUAUUGAAGUGAUUCUGUAUUUCCCAAUUGUGAUAAUUACUGGUUCUACACAAUAUAUAUCUAUCUUGCUUUAUUUCAGUACCAAGAAAGGUAGCUUUGCCUUACAUUGGUACACAUAUA